UAAGCUAGAGAGCCUCAUAAGUGCAGUUCAAAAUGAAAAUGGGCGGGCGUCUUCUACAUCAUAAUAUCUUCUUCUAGUUUCUAAUUCCAACACAGAAAACAAAAAAACAAAAAAGGGAAAAAGAAAACAAAUUCUACUCAUGACGAAAGAACGCUCCAAUUUCCGAUUGGAAGCGAACGAGAACGAAUUCGAGACCGAGAACGAGGUUGGGAUUCACUUUCCGCCUCCUCGAACGCCUCUCAACACCAUCGCCGAUCCAGCUCAGUUCCAUUCCCGUCGACAUUCCUAUUCCGAUAGAAAGCUCGAUUACGGCAACGCCACUCCUCCAAGGCCUUCCGCUUCCGGUCGUGGAGCUGGAGCUGGACCGAAGGCGAAGACUGCCUCUAAAGUUGCGCUGUUAUCAUCAUCGUCGUCGUCUUCUUCUUCAUGUGAGGUCGAAUUGCCGCAUUUUGAGCUCCAACAUGAUUCUACUUUCUGGGCCGAUCACAAUGUGCAGGUUUUGAUUCGAAUUCGGCCUCUGAGUAGGGUGGAGAGCCACGCUACUUGUUUGAGGCAGGAAUCGCCACACACUUUGGUUUGGCUUGGUCAUCCCGAAACUCGAUUUACCUUUGAUCAUGUUGCUUCCCCCACUAUCUCACAGGAAACCCUCUUCCGGGUUGCUGGCCUUCCCAUGGUGGAGAAUUGCUUGUCUGGUUACAAUGCUUGUAUGUUUGCUUACGGUCAGACCGGCAGCGGAAAAACCUAUACCAUGAUGGGGGAGAUAUCCCAGAUUCAAGAAAACCUCAAUCUAGAUUCUGGUCUAACUCCCCGCAUUUUCGAAUAUUUGUUUACAAGGAUUUCUGCGGAGGAAGAAAGCAGAAGAGAGGAACAGUUGAAGUACAGCUGUAAAUGUUCCUUUCUCGAGAUAUACAACGAGCAAAUUACUGAUCUUUUGGAGCCUUCUUCAACUAAUUUGCAACUCAGAGAAGACUUGAACAAAGGUGUAUAUGUAGAAAACCUUACAGAGUACAAUGUCAGGAACGUUAAUGAUGUGGUCAAGCUUUUGCUGCAGGGUGCUGCAAACAGAAAAGUGGCAGCCACACGUAUGAACAGUGAGAGCAGCCGAUCCCACAGUGUUUUCACUUGUACAAUUGAGAGCCGCUGGACUAAGGAUUCUUUGGCCCAUUUUAGAUUUGCCAGGUUGAAUUUAGUAGAUCUAGCUGGUUCUGAGAGGCAGAAAAGCUCUGGCGCAGAAGGAGAUCGCUUAAAGGAGGCAGCAAACAUCAACAAAUCUUUAUCAACACUUGGCUUGGUGAUAAUGUCUCUAGUGGAUUUGGCACAUGGGAAACAUAGACAUGUUCCCUACAGAGAUUCAAGACUUACAUUUCUACUUCAGGACUCUCUUGGUGGAAACUCCAAAACCACUAUUAUUGCAAAUGUCAGCCCAUCUAUAUGUUCGGCUAAUGAAACACUUAGCACUCUAAAGUUUGCUCAGCGUGCCAAACUUAUUCAGAAUAAUGCUAAAGUGAACGAAGAUGCUUCAGGUGACAUAAAUGCCCUUCAGCGGCAAAUCCAACAGUUAAAGGGUCAGUUGUCCUUUCUAAUGAAGGAUAACCACAUUUCAAAGUCUUUGCCAAGUUUUGUGCCAAGUGCUAAAGAAUCUAGAUUCAGUGACAUGUCUGAGGAAUAUGAUUCUCUAGGGGACAACACGGAGUCUUAUAAUCAAGUGAUUCAUCCUGUUGAAAACAAGAUAAAAACUUUGGAAGCUAAUUUAUGUGGGGCGUUAAGGAGAGAAAAAAUAUCAGAGACUGCAAUGCGAAAGUUAGAGGAUGAACUUGAAAACAUGAAAUGUUUGGCACGCCAAAGAGAAGAGGAUGCUCAACACAGCAAAAUUAUGUUAAGGUUUCGGGAAGAAGAAAUUAAACGACUUGAAUUAUUGACAAAUGGAAAGUUGUCUGCUGAGAAGUAUCUUGUAGAAGAAAAUAAGGUUUUAAUGGAAGAGAUUCAGCUGCUUCGAGCAGAAAUGAAUAGAAAUCCAGAAUCCACCCAGAACUCUGUUGAAAAUAAUAGACUUCGAGAGCAAUUACAAACUUUCCAAAACUUUUAUGAACAUGGAGAGCGAGAAACAUUGAUAGCUGAAGUGUCAGAAUUACGCAAUCAGCUUCUUGGUAUGUUGGAAGAAAAGGUUCCAUUAUGCAGAUUUACUAAAAAUCAGGAUGAGGAUGCAUCAAAGGAAUUAGAAGCUUGCAGGAUUAUGAAUUCCAAAUUAAUGAGAGAUGUUGAAGAACUACAAACAGAACUGAGAAAGAAUCUGAAUUGUAAUCAAGCUGCCUCUGAUUCUGUUAAGAGCAUAUCAAUGCAAAGUGAUGUAAAUGAGAUGGCAUCUUAUAUCCAAACAAAUGACAAGGCUUUGCAAAAUGAAUUCUUGGGACUUAAUGAUUUAGAUAGUAAAGACAAUGGCCUGGUAAAAGAAAGCAACAAAGAUACUGAAAGAAUGGUGUUACAAGCUAAGUUGGACAGAAUGACCAAGGAUCUAGAAGAAGUUAGGCUACUAAAUAACCAUUUUCAAGAAGAGAAAAUGUUGCAGUUUUCUUGCAACCAAACAGCUGAACUAGUUCGUGAACAAGUUGAGAUGGAGACAGCGAGAACAAUUCUUCAAUUACAAGAAGAGGUUGAUGCAAUUCAAUGCAAGCUUGAUGAGAAAUUAUUUAUUAUGACUCAAGAAAAUGCAAAGCUACGAAAUAUUAUAGCAACUAAAGAGGAAGAAAUUAUGGUAGUGAAUACAGAGUGGGAAAAGGCAACCUUAGAGCUAACAGGAUUCCUUGCUGAUGGUUCUAGAUCCCUAAAAAGUGUCUCCAACCAAAUAGAAAGUAUUGCUCAUUCAUUUCCCCAAGCUAAUCUUCAUAUUAGCGAACAUGUCCAGACAGCUGCUAGAAUUUACAUUGAGAAGGAAGAAUCAAUUCUGCAUCUGAAGAAGAGCUUGGAAGAUGCACAAAACACAGUAAUUGACAUGGUGCAAAAGCUGAGUUCCUUAAAAGGUGCAACAUUGGCUUUAACUGAAUUCCCACAGUCAGAUAAUGAUGCAAUCUGUAAAGAACAUGUCAGCAUGUUGUUGAAUGAUAAGAUCAACAUGGUUAAGCUGUUAGAGGAAAAACUCAAUUUCAAAGAGGCUCAGGUUAAUGAAGCAGAAAAAUGUGCUACUCUUGCUUCCAUUGUAAUGAGCUGGCUCUUUGAAAAUGAAAAGGUUGCCCACAAAAAUGAAGCAAAAUGUAUUAACCCUCCUGCCGAAAUGGCCAAUCUUGAAAUAUCAAAGGCUUUUGCAGUGGAAGAUGUUAUGGCCGAAGCUGAGUCGAUGGGGUUAGAAAUAUUUGAAUCUGAAAAGGCUACGAUGGAACUGAAAGAUCAAUGCAAGAAUUUCGACUAUAGCACAGAUGAUACACCAUCAAUGAAAGCAUACAAUUAUCAGAACUUCAACAAUCAGUGCCACAUACUGCAUCAAAUACAAGACGAACUUACUAAAGCAAACUACAGACUGAAAGUAAUUGAAGAUUUCGUUCAUGCUGAAGUAAAUGUACUUGAAUCCUCUGCAACUUACGACGAUGUUGUACAUGCAGAUGUGUGGAGUUCUGAUUGUUCUUCAUCAAGCUCUGAUUUCUCAAUUGAAAGUGUAGCUUCGGGAAACAUGUCAGAUGCCUCUUCACCUAUUUCCUCCUCUACUUUACCCAAUAAACAAACUGGGAAAAUGAUGUUGACAAUUGAAGUCCCAACGCCCACAUCUGAUCAUCAACAUUUAGAAAGUUCAAAUAUGCCUUUGGAAUUUGACGAAGCAACAAAUUUACACCUUAAAAAAGAACUUAUAGUGCUAAUUGAUGCUUUUGACCUGCUACAUAUUCGUGUAGUCACACUUUAUAAUAGUUUGGAGUUUGGAGUUUGUUCAGACCAAGAAGGUUUCAAACAGUUUAUUCCUUCCUCUGAGUCGACAUUGGAGAAAGCUAAUGUGUAUUCUGAUUAUACUAGAAAGGUACCGGCUGAUGAAAAAAAUGAGCAUGCUAGAAGAUUCAUCACCAAAUUUGAGGAAGCCCACGCUACAAUAAAGGAAGCCGAUUUUAUGUUAAAUGCUUUGGUGAAGGCAAAUGAAAAUGCAAUACAGUUGACUGGUGUUUGGAAACACACAGGUGAGGAAUUGAUGAUAGAGCGAGCAAAUUUGAUCAAAGAAGUUGAACAUUUGAAAUCUACAAUACUUGUGAAAGAAAAUGAGAAUAAAUUACUUCAUGAUGAAGCAAAUUGUAGUUUGGUAGAGAUUGCAAGCUCACUGUCUUCACUCGAAGAAUGUUAUAUGCAAUUGAAAAGUGAUGAGGAGAAAUUAACAGCAACAUACUCUGAUGUCUUUUCUAUGGGAAUGGAGAUGUUAAACUUCAUAAGCAACUCAAGAUCAUUUCUAGAAGAUAUAGGCCUUGAGAUUGUGGGGAAGAAUUUUGCUGCAUUUGUCCUAUAUCAAUGUUGUGUUGGAGGGCUAAUCAACAAAAUCCCAUCUUUGAAUGUAGAAACUGAUCUCCAUCUAUUCUCUCAUCAAGAAAGCAAUGCGCUAGUGAACGAGCUGCAAAGUAUUUGUUCAGAUGAUGGUAAUAAAAUUAUGGUUACUAGUAAUAAGCUUGUUGGCGAAGGGGUUCAGAGAGAAGUAAACAGCAGCAUGGAAGGCAAUGAUAUGUGCUCAUCUAAUGAUUAUAUGAUAAAUGAGAAUAUAGCACUCAAGAAAGAAUUGAAACGGAAAGAAGUUGUACUGGAGGGUUUGCUAUUUGAUUUUAGUUUGUUGCAGGAAUUAACAUCAGACAAAAAGGAGAUCAAGGAAGAAUCUGAUAAAAUUGUAUGUUCUUUAAGUCAAGUUCAACUUGAACUAGAGGCUAAAACAAGACAACUUGAUGAAAUGUUGGUUCAGCAUAGAAAACUUGAAGGUCGCCUAAUUGGUACCGAAGAGGCUCUUGUUAUGUUGAAUUCCAAUCUUGCUGAUGCUAAUGACAUAAUCGACAGCUUAUCAGAGCAAAAUGCUGAGUUGAAGAUGAUUCUAAAAGAACUCUAUCUCAACAAAUCAGAGGUUGAAAGACAACUGGAAGAACAGAAAGAGAUAGUUAAUAGUUUGGAAGAGGAGGUGCUUCAGCUCACUUCUUCAAUAGACAAAAAAAUUGAAGAUAAUUUAAGAAGGGUCACUAGUGAGAAAGAUCAACUUCAAGACGAAGUUCAAUCCUUGAUCGAUAAAGUUGAGAUGGCCUAUGCAUUAGUUGAUGAAAAAGAAGCUAUGAUAAUUGAAGCUCGCCAGGUGUCUGAAGCAUGUAAGAUAUAUGCUGAACAGAAGGAAGACGAGGUUAAAAUUUUAGAACGUUCUAUUGAGGAGCUUGAGUCUACCAUAAAUGUACUCGAAAAGAAGGUGUUUGAGAUGGAUGAUGAGGUAGAACGGCAUCGGUUGAGCAGAGACUCGUUGGAAUUGGAACUCAAAGCUCUAAAGCAGAGAUUACUAAACGUUGAAAACUUAACAGAAGAUGUGGAUUCAGAAAACUCAAAUGUUGAACAUUCUGAAAAUCAGAUAUACAGGCAACUACAUAACAAAGCCUUGGAACUUCACCAAGCUCAAACUCGAAUAAAGCUUCUUGAAGAGGAAAGAGCUGAACAAGAUAAAGAGAUCAACCAACACAAGGAGUAUAUCAGUGAACUCAUGUUGCAUGCAGACGCCCAAGCUUCUCAAUACCAACAAAAGUAUAAGACAUUGGAGGCCAUGGUUCAUGAAGUCAAAAUAGAUUCAAUGAGUUCAACAUUGAACAAAGCAGAGAAAAGCUCAGUAAGAACAAGGGGCUCCAGCUCACCAUUCAAAUGCAUUUCGAGUAUAGUUCAGCAGAUGAAUUCGGAGAGGGAUCAGGAAUUGUCAACAGCCAAGUUCCGUAUUGAGGAGCUAGAGGCAAUUGCUGCUAGUCGACAGAAAGAGGUGUGUAUGCUGAAUACAAGACUAGCUGCAGCAGAAAGCAUGACACAUGAUGUGAUUCGUGAUUUGCUUGGUGUGAAAUUGGACAUGAGUAACUUUGCAAAUUUGAUGGACCAUUACCAAAUUAAGAAGCUUGUGGAGGAUGUCCAUCAGCAAACUGAAGACUUUAUGGAAAAGGAGGAAGAACUUGUCCGCUUAAGGAAGCAAAUUAAAGAUCUAAAUGAGGAAAGAGAAAGCUGCAAACUGGAAAUAAAUAUGAAGGAAGACGAUUUACUUAGUGCCCAGAUAACUGUUGAACAACUCCAAGAACGGGAAAGCUUUCUUUCCACUCAGAAUGAGAUGCUGAAGAGAGACAAGAACAAUCUGAAGACAACGAUAGCAGAACUGGAUGAAAUGGUGAAGGCACUUCUUGGAACAAAAUCUAAACAAGAGCCAACUCACACUCACCCAACGUCAUUGACCAAGCAGAAGAAAUUGAAAUCGGUUGAUGGUGAUUUUAGCAAGAGGCUAGAACAGUCUGAAAAGCUUCUUUCUCGUGUAAACGGUGAACUUGCUCAGUACUAUAAAUCUCAUGGCGCAGGAACAAGUUACAACAGCAAGCAGAAGAAUCAGAUUGGUUGAUUUGGAACCUUAGUGGAAUGCGGGUGUGUUUCGUGGUGUGAUUUAGAAGUAAGAAGUGGAGAAUUACAGUUCAAUUGUAAUUAAUAACAAGAACAGUUCACGAGUAAAUAAUUGUUUCCAUUCUUUAGGAAA